CACCACAUGAAAUACCACAUGCUAACAGCCCAUGGAUUAGGGCAAAAACUUGUGUGUCAAAUUUGCAGAACAUACACCUGCGCCAACAAUUCUAUGCUAAACAGCCAUAAGAAGAGCCACUCAGAAGUGAGGUCUCACGCGUGCCAGACAUGUGGAGCCUCGUACAAGUUUUCGUACAAAUUAAAACAACAUCUCCUAAAACAU